AGGAUACGAACAGACAGGUUGUACAACGAUCAAUAGUUGUAUAAUAAUUCACACAUUAGUGCUAGGGAUUUUAUCUUCGCAGCCUUUGGUACUUAUUAGUACUGCAAUUAAUACGAUUUGGACUUCCAAGCAGAUAUGGAGCCUAGUUCAAGACCAAAGUUAGAGGAAUACAGUCUUAAUUUCCCUUUAACGAACGGGGAUGGUAAAGAAGAUAUUGAACACGAAAAUGGGAUCAACGGCAAUAAAUAUCAAGAAACAUCUGUUGUUUUUUUAUGCGAUGCGAGCCAAAACUCCAGUUUUUUAAGUGAUUUGAGCCAAAGUGAUACCAAAGAUGACGGGAAGACACGCCAUAUCUGGCCACGAAAGAUUGAGUAUGUAUUGACGGCCAUUGGCUACUGUGUUGGGAUGGGCAAUGUGAUACGUUUUCCUUACCUUUGUAUGAGAAACGGUGGAGGUGCUUUCCUCAUCCCCUACAUCCUGUGUCUGACUGUAUGUGGGAUCCCUCUCUUCUUCCUGGAGGUCAGUCUCGGCCAGUUUAUGUCCAGGGGACCUCUUCAUGUCUGGAGUAUUUGCCCUUUGUUUAACGGUAUCGGCAUCUCAAUGAUCGUCAUCUCCUUCGUGAGUUACUGGUACUUCUGCAUAGUCUUUGCCUACAUCCUCAUCUACCUCGUCAAUUCCAUGAAGUCGCCCCUGCCCUGGACCUUGUGUGGCCAAGCCUGGAACACGCCCCUGUGUGUACCCCCGGGCCAGAGAGGCGUCGAGUUACUCAAUGGGUCGCGGGCAGCUGAUUGGGUCAACAUGACCCAAGUCAUGAACGUCACGUUGAACGUUUCCAGAAACGCAAAUUCUGCAAGUGCUGAAUUUUGGCGCAACAAUGUGCUAGAGUUGUCUUCCGGGUUGGAAAACUUGGAUGGUCUCCCUUGGCACACGACUGUGGCUGUACUAGUCUCGAUCAUUUUAACGUUCGCUUGUAUAAUCAAGGGCAUUCACUCUGUUGGAAAGGUAGUUUAUAUCACGGCCCUACUGCCGUACCUGCUGCUGACUGUACUCAUCAUCAAAGGCGCUACCUUACCUGGUGCUGUGGACGGGGUUUUGUUCUAUGUGUACCCAGACUUUAGCAAACUGCUGGUAGUACAGACCUGGCUAGAAGCUUGCAUCCAGGUGUUUUACUCGCUGGGUCCAGCCUAUGGGGGACUCUUCACCAUGGCCAGUUACAACAAGUUCCAGAAUAAUUGUAUGAGAGACGCCAUUGUGCUGUGUUUUGUCUGCGAAGGGACAAGUGUUUUCGCCGGGUUCGCCAUCUUUCUCGUCCUUGGUCACAUGGCCUACAACCUCCAGCUGCCAUUGGCUGACUUUUCUCAGUCAGGUGCUGGGCUGGCGUUCAUUGUCUACCCAGAGGCCAUCUCCUACCUCCCCCUCCCCCAACUGUGGGGGGUGAUGUUUUUCCUCAUGCUGGUCACCAUAGGUUUGGAUUCACAGUUCACCGUAGUUGAGACCGUCCUGACGACCUUACAAGACGUUUGGCCAAGAUUCUUCAAGCGGUACAACAUCUACAUCAAAUUAACUUACGGCGUCACGAUUUUCCUCGUCUCGUUGCCAUUAGCAACCAGAGGUGGGAUGUACCUGUUCCAGCUGAUAGACUGGUACUUCGCCGCCUUCGCUCUAAUCGUCAACGCUUUUCUGGAGUGUGUGGUAGUGGCGUGGAUAUACGGCGCUGAACGGUUCCUGGAUGAUCUGAACUUCAUGUUUGGCAGAAGACCGCCAUAUUUGUUUUCCUUGUUGUGGAGAUUCAUCGUGCCUGCUGUACUCAUUCUGAUCCUGGCUACCACCCUGGCUACCUACCAGCCCCCCGUCUAUGAGGGCUACGUGUAUGGAGAGGGCGCCAAGACUUUCGGCUGGUUGAUCGCCAGUGUACCCUUCCUGCCAAUACCUGUGUAUAUCGUUUACAAGCUGGUCAUUACUAGAGGCACUUUCAUGGAGCGCUUAAAGAAGUCUUGCACACCAGACCAAGACUGGGCGCCCAACGACCCGGCGAUACGCAAGAAAUAUCUCGCCCAAACCAAGGAGACAGAAUUGUGUACUUUCAGAUUACCUUUUAGACAUAGAUAACCUUGUAUGUUAGUAAUUUGUGUGUGUGUUAAAUUUAGCCAUCUAUCUUUGCUAACUGCUGUAUGAUUUUUCCCAGUUUAUGCUAUAAAAUGUAAUUGCAAUACUAGUUUAAUAUUUUAUUUACGUUUGUAUUUCUAACAUGCUUUUCUUAAGCAUGUUAUAUUUCAUGUUAAAAAUAGUACGCUUUUCUUUCAACAAGGUGAUACUUCUGUAAAAAGAUACACUUUGUAU